CCUACCGAAGUCGAAUUUCAUAAUUAUUUAUUAUUUUUUUUCUACCAUUUCUCUCGCAUAAAUCCAAUCAACAUCGAAAUAAAUAAUGAACAAAAUAAAAAAUCUCUUUCCUCCUCAUUAUAAAAAAUUAUUUCGCAAGUCAUACGCCGCGCCGCUCAAACAGCGAUAUACCAACUUCCAACACAUUUGGUUCGCGCCUAACACUUCCAAUUCGCGCGGUAUAAAACAUUAUAAUCAACAAAAGAUUUAGAUACAUUUCAUAUUAGCUAGACUCCAUCACUAGCGAACCAUCCAUCAAUCGAAACGGAACAAAAAUGGGUCUCAGAUUAUUAAUGGGUUUAUUUUUUAUUGUGAUCUCGGAAGCUGGAUUUGUUCAAGACAACCAAAAUAUCUUCUACGGACAUUCAGGAGCUAUUCAAUCUGAUCCAGUUUCUUACCAGUCUUUUGUUAAUUACGAUUCAAAAUUCUCAACUUCCGAUCAUAAUUUUGUUGAUUCCCACAAACAAUCAUCAAAACCGAAGUCAACAAGUCUAUUCAAACCGGCUGAUUAUGCUGAUCAAGCUGCUUACAAAGAAGAAGUCGAGAGUGCCCAUCGAUUUGCCUUGACCAAUAGACACAACAAUAGCGAUGCCGCCUAUGUGGAAGCAUACAAUGAGGCUUUGAAAGCUCAAAGAAAAGCCGAAUCAGCUGAAAUCGAAUCGACUAGUUACAUUUCACAUUUGCUACAAUACAAAUUCGGAUUAAAUUCGGAACAAUCGCGGGUAACGAAGAGCAAAGAUUUAGGCAAAGGAGAAUACUAUUUGGCUGGAAAUCAUGACCUUAGACAAAAAGUUCAAUAUGUUUCGGCUCCGGGGUAUAAAUUCAAUGGUAAUGGAGUUGUGCACCGAUAACCACAAUAUGUUACAGAAACAUCAGCUAUUCAAUUUGCUCCAGCGAAUUUGGGUUCACAAAUAAAAUUUUGGUUCAUCGCUAGCAAUAAACUUCAUGCGUACUUGCGUAUAUUAGCUAAUUAGUACCUAUAAAAUAUUUUCACUAUAUUGAGCUCUUAAAAUAAAUUUAUGAACAGUAUUAGUAUUUUUUAAAUAUUUCAUUAUGUAGCAAUUUUUCAAUAAAAUAAUA